AUGAAGGUGCACAACUUGAUUGAUGAAUUGCAGGCAGUCAUCAAGAGCUACAAAGGUCAUCUUUCUAAACUUGCCCCUCAGUUACAGGCUGAGCAGGAACAAUGUUCUUCUUAUGUCUACCAACAUAUUAAAGAACUCCCUACUUUUCCUUUGCAAGGGCUGCAGUUAAAGGUAUAUGAAAAUGGCAAAGAUACUGGAGAAACACUUGUUCAUAUCAGUAGAAAAGAAAUGGAAAGCAAUUAUGGAGAUCAGCCUGGUAUCAUACUGGAGAAGGUACGGCACAUGAUUCAUCAGAGGCUACAGCUUUCAGCAGAUUUCAAACCAUCAGGCCUUAGUCAUUUUCCUACGCAUCUGUUCGAUGAGACUGGGCAAGAAAUUAAAAACCCUCUUUUACUGCAGAAUGAGCAAAAAAUUUGGGUUUCUUAUGGCGAAGAUUACAGGUCUCCUUUAAAUCCUGUUCUGAGUUUGACCUUUGACAAAAUAACAGCAACAAAAAAGAAUGGCAUCACAAUUAUUUAUAAAACGCUUUUGGAUCCCUGUGUUGAUUUGCUGCCUAGAUACGACAGUUGGGAAGCUUGUGAUGGAUUUCCAGAGAACUUUCAAUUCAUUAAGGCUCCAGAACAUCAGGUCUUGGAGACUGUGGAACCAGACAAUCUUUUUUUCCAAAAUAAGACUGAUCCCCAGAUGGUUCUCCUCAUGUCAGUUACCAUAGAAAAUAUCAGGAAAGGUACUGCCAGAAGAAAUCACUGUCAAAAUCCAAUAGACACAGAACAUUGGCCUCUUUCAAAUAUAUGGCUCAUCACAAAGGCUGGGAAGAUUGUAAAUCGAGCUAUGGCACAAGGCAGUCUGUCUGUUGGUCAUCCAAUCAGAGCUAUGAUGCAGGAUGGCAAACCUCUUGAGGGCUAUAAGUUAACCCUGCAGAAAAGAGACAAAAACAAUAUAUGUCAGUACUGGGAAUUUGAAAAUGAUGGUUCUAUCCAUUCUAAGGCUUACCCUGAGUUUGUCCUAACUUACCUAGAAGAGUUAAAUGUAAAAGAGAUGGUCCAGAUCAAAUGCUCCACACAUGAGGUCCAGUCUGUACUUCAUCAAAAGAUAGAUGACAAUUCAGAAGACAUCCCUAUUCCACACCAGAACCAGAGCGAGGUUUUAGAAAAUAGUGACCACAACAGCAAGGAGAAACAACUUUCCAGACCUUUGGACGCCCAUUUAAUGCCUAAAGGUACCUCAGGCGAGAAUUGCCAGCUGACAGUAGCAUUGGUGAGGAAACUGGAAGAGAAACAUCCUAAGGCCUCAGCUCAAAGAUGGGCAAUUAAACAUGAAGGAACAAAUAAGCCUGGUCAAUGGAAACAAUCAAAAGUGGAUAAUCCUUUAUGGAAUAAGUUGACCUAUAUGUGGCCUGUACUUCCAAAUGGAGAAUUAAACCAGGCUUUUGACUGGCCCAUUGAAGGUCUGCUGAUUCCAAACAGCCCUCCACUAAAGAAGCCGGCUGGUAGGAAGCCAGAGAUCAACAUGCCUUUGAGACUGAAGGUUUUGAGAAAUGGCGAGCCAGACAAAAACAAGGCCCUCUCUGUUCUUGGACUUGAUUCUGCAUUUGUGAUAAGAAAACAGUGUACCACAGCACUGAAUUUGCCCUUUGCUGCAAGGAGAUUGUUCACUGAAAAAGGAGUGGAACUCUUUGUUUUGAAAGACUUGGAGAAGGGUCAGCUGCUUUACAUAUCAUGUGGAGAGCAAUGGAUUGAUCCUCUGUGGACUACAGCUCAGCAUAAGAAACGUCUCCAAUGUAAUAAUUUAGCAUCUGAUGUAAUGGCUAUGCGUGCCUAUUGUGCCAUGAGGAACCCCAAAAAUUUUGUUUUGCAAGUCAAGGAUGAUGUUGUUGUUGGUGCCAAACUUUUUGUUGCAAGAGCUAUAGUGGAAUUUGAAGAAAAAAGAGCUGUUGAAGAACCAGAGAAAGAAAAAUGUGAAAAAAGCAUUGAAAAAAUAAAAGAUGACACAGAUAAAUAUCUAAAUUCACAUAUAAAGUCACAUUUUAAAACAGAAGCAUUUCAUAAGACUACAAAAUAUGCCUGGCAGCAAAUUUCCUGUGAUGAGGACUACAACAUUCAGAAGGAAAAAGAUGAGCAGUUUUUUGAAGAUGCAGAGUUAUACAAAAAAUACAGGCAUCAGCCAAAAUUGGCUAAAGAAUUCCAGAAAGCACACCAUCAACUCUUUGAAUUUAAAAAUGGGAAGAUCAUCAACUGCAGUUGUCCAAAUCUUGUACUGGGUGUGGAGAAUACUGACCUUCAUUCUGGUACUGAAGUGGUUUUGUUGGAAAAGAAGUAUGAUGAUGUCAAGCAACAUUGGGUAUGGAAAGAGGAAAGCAGGUCCUUUCAUCUUGCAAUUGAUCCAGAUCUAGUGCUCACAGUAUCAGUGCCCACUGUACUGAAUGGAUGUCCAAAAUUUCCACUGGAAAUACAAGGGUAUCCUAUUAUCCUUCAGAAAUACAGACCACAUAAUUAUGGAGCUGCCAACCAAAAAUGGAACUUCACUGAAACAAAAGUUUUUAGUGCCUUUUAUAGCACAAUAUUGGAUAUGGAAAUCACCGCAGCAAACUAUGCUUCUAUUUGCACCUUUACCAUAACCAAGGCAGAAAAAAUUGACCAACCAGGCUACUAUUUUCUUUCACCUUGUGGAAAGAAAAAAAUAAUGAUAUGUUUGGCUUGUGGAAGGACCAUCAGAGGAAAGAAAGAACUGAAAAAAUUGCUCCCUGGUACUAUAUUUUCCUGUGCUUCUGGAUUCCAGGACAGAAAUAAUUUACCUUUUUGUCCUUUUAAAUGCCUUGAUGUUAAUAAGAUUGAUUUAUUCUCUGAUAAAGCUGAAUCCACCCUGCAUUAUUUUGAAGAUGUUCUAGCAUCCUUAAAAAAUGAAACCUCCUUACAAGUCAUCUCAGAAAAGAUAUCUGCAGCUCUAGACCAAAAAACAGUAAAAAUAAUUGCAUACAAAAAUGGAGAUGGAUACCGAAAUGGGCAACUAAUUGUUGCUCACACAUUCCCGAGGUUGCUUUCAUUAUGUACAAGACGUCUUGAACUUAGCAGGACAGCUUGCAAGCUGUAUAACAGUGAAGGGACCCUGAUCCUCACACUGCAGGAUUUAGUCUUGUGUGCAGUAAAUGAUUACCUCAAAAAGCAAGAAACUGAAGAAAGAGAUGAAGAAGCCAUUUCUGAUAAUGGCCUUAAACAAAUUGCAUCUGUGUUUUCAAGAAAAGGUAAAAUUUCAGAGAACCAGUUAAAAAUAAAGAGCCCCUCAAAUUUCCUGACAGAACUAUUAAUCAAUAUUGAUCAUUUGGUGCUCAGCAACAUUCUUAGAAAUCCAGUUGAGGUCUGGGUUUCCAGCGGAGAACCUUUUCUACCUUUGGAUACUUUGGAAAACAUAGAAAGGCAAGAAAAACAGAAGUGGCUAGAAAAAGAUAAAAUUCUGGCAGACCUUAAUGCAAUGAAACAUAAAAUGAGACAACUGCAAGGACGUCGUAUAACAAAGUAUAAAGCUGCCGAUUUGGUGCCCACUAAGAGCCCUUUCCAGCCUGUGGUAGUAGAAGGAGGCUGGACAGAAGAAACUCAAGAAGAGAUGAAACUCAUGGAAACUAUACAACAAACAGAGAUGCACCUUUCAGAGCUUCAAGCACUGCAGUUCCAAAGAAGUUCUCCCUUUUCUCCUAAAUUACUUGCCAAAAAUGACAAGGGUCUCUACAAGCAGCCCACAACCAAAAGAGUGUGGGCUUACCCAAAUGGAAAUAUACCUGACAAGGGAGUACAUGCGUGGGGAAAAUCUAUGACAGAGCUACUUGACAGUUGUACAACUCAUCUAAAAAUGUCACAGCCUGCAAAGAUACUAUAUACACCUGAUGGAUACCAGCUGCAGUCGUGGGAAGAAAUAGAGAGGGACAUGAUGGUUUGUGUUUCCACAGGACAUGUCUUUAUGAGCCCAAAAGCUGUACAGCAUGAAAUAGAAAUUAGAGCUCAUUAUGCAAGAAUUCGGAAGCAGCAAGGUCCAGAAUCUACCAGCAUUGUUGUUUCACCAUCAACUAAAGUUAUAGACAAGCUCAAAACGAAUAGCUCUCUUUUGGCUCUCACUGGCAGACCUCAUGAAGAUGUCAAUGACUAGUUUCCUACCAUGAUAAUAUCAAGCUCCAUAUUAUCCAUAGAAUCGGAAAGAAGCAAGAAUGUCUCCAAUUGAGGUGUAAUCAGAUUACAAUGUGCCUUCAUUAAUGUGCUAACUGCUAAAUAUCUACC